AAAUAUCAAUGUUGCUACCUAAUCGCCCGUUCGUUUAACACGAUGCCCGUGAGUGAAUUUCCGAGUGACGCCUGUAGUCGCGCCUUACAAAGUAGUGGAAUCCUUUUGUGUUUACUAAAGUGAAUUUCUAUGUUAUUUUAUUGUGAAAAUGGAUAGUUCCAGUGAGAAUAGCGAUAAAAAGAACGAUGGGCCCGGUAACAAGAAGGAGAUACCGUCUAAUCUUCAGAAAAUAUGUUUAGUUUGCGGUGAUAAGGCGCUAGGGUACAACUUUAACGCGAUAUCUUGUGAGAGUUGCAAAGCGUUUUUUCGACGCAAUGCAUUAGCUAGUAAGGAGUUCAAGUGUCCGUUCACGAACAACUGUGAGAUUACUGUGGUAACACGUAGAUUUUGUCAAAAAUGUCGGCUGGAAAAAUGUUUAGCGAUAGGAAUGGUGAAGGAGUUCAUAAUGUCAGAAGAGGACAAAGCAGAGAAGCGAAGAAAAAUAGAAGAAAACCGCGCGAAGAAACGUCAUCAUAAUUCUCCUGAAGACGCUGUCUCUAGCUCCAAAAUAACAAAGCGGGACGAUGAAAUUACUAACACGUACAUACCGCCACCUCAGGAACAAAUAGUUCAGUAUGAUGUUCUGAAUAGUACGACGUGUAGUCCGAGCAGUACGGUUCAGUCACCGUUGAGCAAUGACUUGGAGUCAUCGUUACAUUCUCCGCCGAUGUAUUACGCUCCUCCGAGUGUGCAGAGUAGCGACGUGUACCCUAUGAAGGUCAAUCCUAUUGAGGAGAAGACGAUCAUCAAUAGAUCAUUAUACGAGCACCGGUUGCAGCAAGAAUCGUACAAUAUGUAUGAUACUAUGGAUAAUAGUAAUAGUUUAUAUGCUGAACUCCCAAAACAAAAUAGUAUAAGGUCAAUAUUAACCAACGGCGACACGAUGACGUACACUGAGCCGAAGCGGCAGCACGUUUGUGAGGAGAUACCGUCCACCAGCACCAACCCCGACGUCAAUAAGGCCCGGGACAUACUGCAGGAUGUUGAGAGGUCAAUAUUAACCAACGGCGACACGAUGACGUACACUGAGCCGAAGCGGCAGCACGUUUGUGAGGAGAUACCGUCCACCAGCACCAACCCCGACGUCAAUAAGGCCCGGGACAUACUGCAGGAUGUUGAGAGAAUAGAACCCAACUCAAUGGAGUCGAUCCUAUGCGAAGCCAUCAAGCUGGAGUUCGAAGCCUACACAUCUGUGAACCCGUGCGGCUNUUGCGGCUCUUCGCGAGAACUGAAUGAGGUAGAGCGAGCGAAGCUGAAUGAGCUAUUAGUUGCCAAUAAGGCGCUCCACGCGCCUAUAGAAGACGAUAUCUCACAGCUCAUCGGCGAUACCGCCAGCACAGCAGGGCUGAAGGAGGGCGACGGCAAGCACGACCCUCGGCUGAUCACGAUCGUGAACCUGACUGCAGUCGCCAUCCGCCGCGUCAUCAAGCUGGCCAAGAAGAUCAACGCCUUCAAGAACAUGUGCGAGGAAGACCAGCUAACGUUGUGCGGCUCUUCUCGGGAACUGAAUGAGGUAGAGCGAGCGAAGCUAAAUGAGCUAUUAGUUGCCAAUAAGGCGCUCCACGCGCCUAUAGAAGACGAUAUCUCACAGCUCAUCGGCGAUACCGCGAGCACAGCCGGGUUGAAGGAGGGCGACGGCAAGCACGACCCUCGGCUGAUCACGAUCGUGAACCUGACUGCAGUCGCCAUCCGCCGCGUCAUCAAGCUGGCCAAGAAGAUCAACGCCUUCAAGAACAUGUGCGAGGAAGACCAGGUUGCUCUUCUAAAAGGCGGGUGCAUAGAAGUGAUGAUAUUAAUUAGUACAAUGACGUAUUAUUACGACGGCCAAAGAAAUCAGUGGAAGAUCCCCCAAGUCCAAGACCAGUUCGGCUGCAUUCGCACGGACGUUCUCAAACUUGCCACCGGCAACAUAUACCGCUCGUACGAGUCGUUCAUUCGCUCGUUCGAUCCGCAGUGGCGCGCCGACGAGCACGUCACGCUAAUUAUGUCCGCCAUUGUAUUAUUUACGCCGGAUAGACCCAAGAUUGUUCAUAAAGACGUCGUGAAGUUAGAACAGAAUUCCUACUACUACCUCUUACGGCGGUACCUCGAAAGCGUAUACCCGGGAUGCGAAGCGAAGUCCACCUUCCUGAAGCUGAUCCAAAAGAUUCUAGAACUCCGCAAACUGGCCGAGGAGGUCACGGGAGUGUAUCUGGACGUCAACCCCAUAGAACCGCUGCUGAUGGAGAUUUUCGACCUCAAACACCAUGCCGCAUGAGGUUGGAAUGAUUUUUGUAGUUGAGUAUUGUUUGAUGCCCCUGUAUGACGCCAUUUUGGAUUACCAGUGUUGCCAGGUUCAAAAAUUUAUUUAUAAAAAUAGGGUAGGGUAUCGCUUUAAUUAGAAUAAAAUUUGUUUAGGCAGUUUUAGAAGCAAGUAGAGUUAUUUGCAGUUAAUGAAAAAUAGAAAAUCCAAUAUCCAUAGAUGUUAAAUUUCAUGGUCCCUAUUAUUAUUAUUAAACAAUAGUUUGUAACAAAAGCAAUUGUGUGCCUUUUCUUAUAAUUAAAUGGAUAGUUUUAAAGAAAACCAGGUUAUUUUGAUAAAAUAAUAACAAAUAAAAAAUUUUUGGACCUGACCACGUUGCCAAGCAAAAUGUUACAAUUUAGAUAAAUAAUCUGGCGUCAUACGGUUAAAUAGUAAUAAAUCAUAUCACAGGGUAUUUGUACGUAGUGUGUGUACUACGUGAUGCAUGCUAUACAUAACGCAAUAAUGCACAUAGACUAAUAGAUAAAUAUAUUAGAUAUGUUUUAGAUAACAGCAGUAGCAAAAGGAGUUUGUAUUAUUAGAAUACAGAGCCUUUUUACAAAAAGUUAAACGCGCGUUGAACAUUCCGUUUAAAUUUUCAUUUAGUAUGAACAUUACAUUUUAAACCAGUUUUCAACGCGCGUGUAACUUUUUUUGUAAUAAGGCCCAAUGCGUUUUGUGGAAAAUCAACCUAUUUGGUUAACAUUUUUAUACAAUAUCUUGGGGAAUAUACAACCGUGAAUAUCGAUCUUAUUAGCUGACGUAUGUUUUGGAAGCUAGCGCCUUUUUUGCCCAAAACUUGUAUAAAAUCAAGCAUAGAUUCUGUGAUUGCUUUAAAUUGUCUUUCACACACUUGAUUUUAAAUGGAGUUUAUAAAAAGUAUAACGUACCAGGCCUAAUCAGUGAGCAAUAAAAAAUAUUCUAAUUUAGUUUAGAUUCCCAGAAGAUCACACAGUAUAUUUUGGGUCUUUGUUAGUUUGUUAUCAGUUUCAACUCGCUAUAUUUUAACUGGGACUCAAGUGUCAAAUAUUCCGCCAUUUUAACCAAAAAGAUAUGGGGGAAAAUAAAAAAAUUUAACGCUUAAAAGUAAGCGAAUACUUAGAUUUAAUUUGUAUAUAUUUUUCUAGAAGUGUAUUUAUUAGAAAAUUAAUCUAUCAUUGUUUUAGAAUGGUUUAUGUACUCGUUGACAGUCGAUCCGGCUGGACAGAUUACGGUUAGAUUGUUUUAAGCGAGGUUUAGACUAGCAAUGAAAGUUGCAGAAGUUGACUUGCCACCGCUAUUUACAUAGUGGUAAACAGCUUGCGGAAGUCAACUUCUGCAAGUUUUAUUGUUAUUCUAAACCUCGAAUUAGAGGUAUGCUAUUUGCUUUAAAAUUUACAACGCAAUAACGUUGUACAUAUCGUAUCGUUAGGCCCACUUGCACGCGUAGGGUGUGACUAUUUGGAAUAAAAUUUAAAUUAGGCUGGGUUUCCUGGGUUGGACCAUCUUACUUUAACUUUAACAAACGUCAAAAGUCUGUCAGACUACAAAAAACCGGUUAUCGUUAUAGUCACGGUUAAAAUAAGUUGGUGCAAUUCAGCCUUAAUUUUUUUUUAAAAAGAGGGUUAUAUUUUCAUGGAUUCAAGGUAAGUUUUGAGUUGGGUUUUACUUUUUAUAAUGUUUAAAGGAUCAAAAUAUUUUUUCUUUAAAAAAUCGGAUUGUUACAACAUGUUUUUGUUUGUUUUUGGGAUAGUUAUAAAAUGAAUCAAAUGCAGACUGACUUUAUUGAUAAAUUAAUGUUUUGACUGACUUUUGUUUCUAAGCUACUUUUAGUAGUAAUAAUUCAGUCAAAGUAUAAGGGUGGGUUGCACCAUCUUACUUUAAC